CUCUGCUCUCUCACGCGUUCUCUUGUGACUCAUCCCACUCCUGUCCCCCACUGGAUCUAAGCAUCUAAGCCCUACUUUGCAACCGGGUAUAAAUAACAAGAUGCAUAUAGCUGCAGCUUAGCAGAGACGAGCUCGACCGUCCAGCUAGCAUCGGCGACCAGAGGAGCCAGUUUGACACUCAAACAGCCGCGUCGAUCGAUCGGAGUUGCACGGGACGCAAGCAAGCUAGCUAGCGCGAGGUGGUUGCGAUCCAUCCAUGCAUCUGCUCCACGGGUCUGCUAUGAUCGGUGGCAGCUGCGGCGGCAGAGCUCUCCGGCGAGUCGACAGCUCCCCGAAGCCGUCCUUGUGCCGGAGCGACGCCAUGAAGAAGAAGAGGAGCAAGAGGUCCAGGCUCUCGGCCGCGCUGCGGGAGCUCAGGCUGGCGGCCAAGGCGAGGGACAAGGAGGGGCUCCUUCAGAUCCUCGUCACCGGACACCGCACUAGCCGCGGAGGAUCCGGCAACGGCGAGCGCACCGGCGGACCAUCGACGGAGCGCGGUGUAGCUGAUACGGGCGACGACCAGCGCGCGACACUGCGGUGGCAGGGACGCGGCGUUGAUGCAGCCGGGCGUGCCGAUGGUCCUCUUCUUGAGUUGGGGAGACCGACAGCAACCAGGGGAGCCAGCUGCGGCGGCCGUCGUUGCCCGAGUUGGGCGCUGGCAGUGGCGCUUGUGCUCGCGCUGGUUUGCGUGGUAGCGCUCGGGACGGCGCCGGCCAUCUGUUGCUGCACCUGCGCGGCCUGGUUGUGCGGCGGCUGCGGCGCGCAGGAGCAUGCAUCUGACCGGCGGCGGGGCGGCUCCUGCCGUGGCAGCGUUAGAGUAAUACAGCCACAAGCCGGUAGUACACUGUAUCAUGCAGAGGUCACCAGUGGGUGAACUGUAUGAAUUUUCGUACAGUAUGUAUGCAUUUUGCAUAUUCUUUA